AAUGAUUUUUCAUAGUGCAUUUUCCGGUGGCAGCACAUCCAGAGUCUGUGCUGGAUUGAAUUCGUAAAGAUGUUGCAAGUUCUUUUGGUUCUGGUGCUUGUGAACGGGUUGUGUGGGCUGCCACUCUCUCCUGAAUCAGGCCGAACAACACCGAGAAAUGUAGAAGAGCCGGUAUCCAUAUCCUUAGAAUUACUGCCACCAAAAGAGGAUGCUGAAACUGCCAAUUUCAAUGAUGAUUUUAAUGUGGACAUUCUCAAGGAAAAUGUCACACUAGCAACAGAACUAUUACCGCCUAAGGAAGAUGAACAAGCUCCCCGUGGAAUUGUCUUCAUCGUCAAUCUCUUCGCCGUGAAGAAUGAGACGGAUGGAGAAGACCCGGAAGAAACUCUUAAUGACGACAUUAAGAACAAAGUGCCAGCAAUACUCGAACCUGUGGCAACAAUUCUCCUGGUGGUUGAGGAAGAAGACGAAGGUGUACCCGUCAGUCUAGAUGAACUCGCCAAGGAGCUUGAGGAGGAGGGCGUCAAAGUGGAAAAAAUUGGGGACGACAUAGAGACGAAAGUCAUCAGGGUUGAUUUCGAUGGCGAAGUAUCUGGAGAGGAUCCCGAUGUCGAGGCUCUCCAGCCAAAGAAGUUGAACCGAGUUCGGAGAUCACCUCAUCUCAUCAGCAAUCUGCUGCAGAAGAAAUUCGGUGGUGGGGGUGGUUGUAACACUUGCCAACAACCUCCGCCUCCACCACCUUGCGGUGGCGGAUGCGGUGGAGGACAGAGUUCAUACGUCCAAGUCAUCCCCGUAUAUGAGCAGCCCCGACCUUACUACCCACCCCAGCCCCACUACCAGCCGCAGCCACAAUACCAACCACAGCCCCAUUACCACCAGGGUGGCGGUCAGUGCGACGUCUGCAAUGGCCGCGGCGGUGGCGGAAACCACGGAUCAUACAGCCAAGCCUCAGCCCAGUCCUCCUCCAGCAGUUGGUAGAAAAAACACCGCCAGUGGUUCCACCUGAAGACUAAUUUAUCUCAACAUCUUUAAUGACCCAUGAUUACCCACAAUUCAUCAGCGUGUCAUGUAACGAUUCCAACCCAGAAGACAAUUUUUUCUGUAACACUAAUUAAAUAACGUGAAUUUUGGUUCGAAUAAAAGAAAAACAAACAAA